GUGCAAAGAAUCUGCAUUAUAAACCAUGCCACUUUAGUUCUAACUCAGGGGUCUGCAACCUGCCAAUCAGGGGUCUUGUGGCCCUUCAGCCCCUCUGAAAGGGCUCCCUGUAACAUGACUUGAACCUGAGUGAUGUUACUGUAAAAUCUGACAAUAGAAACAUUAGAAGUUUUCAAAGCUCAAUAGUAAGUGCAUGGACUAUAUCUAAAACAAAAUGACACAAUAAAACAGGCAGUUUCAGCAGCAUCUGCAAAGUUACUUUAAUUAUAAGUUUUAAACACACAACUGUUUAUCUUAUUUGAGAGUUUGUUAGCGUCCUCUGCGUUUAUUUGAAGGAGCAAUAUGUAAGAAAUCCACAGUGAAAUAAUAACAAACAGCCUAAUGUCUCAGUUAUGUUGGAAGGAAGGUUACAUUGAAAGAGAUUUCCUUCUGGCUGGGGGGUCGUCAGCUUUUUCCUCUGAAAAAAAAACAAAACAAACAAAGGGAUGUUGCUACUGUUUACAGUCUGUUAGCUCGUGAGGUGGCCGAAUCUGUUCAAAGCUAACGGUGCAGUGCAGGCAUUUGUAAUUUGACAUUGGCAGGAAAAAACUCCAGAGUUGUUUAAAGAACUGAAGUAAACAGGAAUGAACCAGAAGUUAUUUGUUGUACCCCUAAGAAGGCUAGAGGCUAAGAUAGAGCUAACAUAGCUAAAUGUGAACACUACAAUUAGAAGCAAAAAAAAGAGAAAAAAAAAUUAAUCGGCACUAAUAAUACUCAAGUUACUUUUUCGAUUACCAGCAACUUGAUUUUACAGUUAAAUGUGUGUGUGAAGUGAGUCAAUCACGGUGUUUUACUUCCUUUAGCCGUUCAGAACUAUAACUGCAAGCUAACAGCAAGACAACCUUUAAUGCCGGAGUCAUACUACCGUAAUAAGUGUAGUAAGUGCUCCCUACCGUAAAACACCCAUCUGCUCACACCAGAUAUGAUCAAUGAUAAAUGACCCGCACUUGUAUAGCUCCUUUCAGAGUAAGGACUCCAAAGCACUUUACACUACAGUGUAUCAUUCAUCCAUUCACACACUGGUGGUGAUGAGCUACAAUGUAGCCACAGCUGCCCUGGGGCGCACUGACGGAGGCGAGGCUGCCGAGCAUUGGCGCCACCGGUCCCUCCGACCACCACCAGCAGGCAACGUGGGUUAAGUGUCUUGCCCAAGGACACAACAGCAGAAUUCUCUGUCAGGAGUCGGGAUCGAACCUGCAACCUUCCGAUUACUGAACAACCCGCUCAACCCUUUUAGCUACUGCUGCCCCAAAUGACAUGACAAUAUGACAAUAUAUGUAUCUAUUUAUCUACUUACUGUGUAUAAAUCCUCUUCACUUGUCAUUUAGAGUCUUCUGGUGGUGAUCCAUGACAGGUGACAACACACAGAGCAGCAGUGAGAAAGUGACAUUUAAUAAAAUAGGCUGCAGUAACCACAUUUUAUCACAGGGCAUUCUUACUUCAUUCCUACAUUAUUACACCUUUAGCUCUCCAGCAUGCAGAGACAUGUCACUUAUUUAAAUCAUAAAUAAAUAAUCAGCAACCGGAUGCAGUUUUAAUGCUGUUUAAAUAUAUUUUGAAGGUGCAGCUUAGUGCUUUAUCAAGGAAAAUAGCCUUUAUUUGCCCAAUGGUUCUUCACAAUCAUCCCUUAUUUUAGCCCAGUUUUACGUAAAGAUGAAAAAGCUGAAAUAAAUUCAUAACAACAAAGCAUUUUUUUGUAUUUGAUACAUACGAGGAUGGUUAACUGUCCUUUAGCUGCAGCAUUCUUUAAAGUUGUUGCAGACUCCUACACAAGAAUAAACGCAGGUGGAAGUCUUCAUUUUCUGAACACCAGAGAAUUGUCGAACUUGCAAGAGCAGCAAACAAGUUUUAGAUUCAGUUUUAGGGAAAAAAAGAGGGAAACAUCUUGGGGAAAAUGUUGUUUCAUGCAUUCUGUGUUUUACUAAAUAUAGCUCUGGAGAGAUAUUCACUGACCCAGUCGGUGUAGGCGUUGAACAAAGCAGACUGCAGGUGUGUUUCUAAUUGGCUGCUGCAUGGGCUUCUGCUCCUUGUGCAAAGCUGGCAGAACUAGAAAGCGUCUGGUUGAGUGGCUCACGUUUAUUGGAAACUAUUAAUUUCAUCAUAACUGCUUUAAUUUCUCACACCUGUGUUUGUGCGAUAAACAGACAGUGGAGAGGUUUUGGGUUGAAUGUUCCCUGAGCGACUGGAGCUCCGUUUCAGAAUGAUUUAAAGUGUUGAGUGCCAGGGUGUGGAUGAGAUCCACCCAUCCCCCAGGAUGGACGUGGCUCUGAUGUGUGUCCUCCUUCCUGUUUCGUAGGCAUCUGCAUACAUGGAUGUCCUCUUGCCUUUAGUUGCACCACUUCCUGAACUCCUCCCACACACUCACCCACACACACAUACACACACACACACACACACACACCCUUUUUUAGAAAAACACUCCCACAGAUCUCUCUCACACACACAUAUACUGCGUGUGAAAUUCCUCCUUCUCACAAUAGUAAAUGAUGUUCAGAUGUGGGAGCGGCUUUUCCCCGAGCAGGAAGUGAUGUGGUUAAUGCUCGUUUGAUCAUCACUUCUGUUGGCUUGCGUUCAGGAUCAGAACUGGUUUGUAAACAAUGCAUAAAACAGUUUUCUGCUCUUUUCUUCCAUCAAACCGCUAACGCCACAUUUCAAACUGUUACUGGCAGAGGAGGAAAAAACCUCAACCUUGUGAUCUGUAAAAGCAUCAUCCUCUUCACAGGAAGGUAGAAAUGACAUGCUUGUAAAAAUACAUCAAUAGAUAUGUUUUCCUGGAGUUAUUUAUGAACCUGAGUCUUGGAAUCCAAAGCAGAACGGGUGUUUCUCUGAUGAGUGACUUAUCAGUACUAAAUGCACGCAGGCGUUGUUUCUAUUAGCCACCCUACGGUGGAAACACCGAGACUUUGCAGGAGAACAAAUACAUUCAUCAAGUUUUUGCCUCAGGUUACAGAAGAUGAUCCCAGACUGCAAGUCAGCACAUUUCUUACAGUGUUUUGCUAAUCAUGGUUUAAAUGCUGCAGCUUGUGAGUUCGGGAAGAUUGUUUCUGAGACCCGAACAGACCCUGCAACACAAAACCAUCAGCAUGAAUGAAUUAUAAAGAGUUUCAGAUGUGUGUGUUGUGCUCCUUGUGACAUAUCAGCCCACUCAGCAUCUAGGUCACUGCAGAUCCUGUUUCCAUGAUAGCAUUUUCAGACAAAUGCCUUCCCAGGAACCAGCUCCACCUUUUGUGAGGGGAGUUGCAAACAUCAGUUCAUGUUUUCUGUUUAAUCUUUACUCCACUCAGUUACUGAAAUUAGACAAGAACUUUUCAUCAAGGUUUUGGUAAACGUGCAUGACAUUUUGUACUCAUCACUGUGAGACACAGAGUCUUCAGACUCUUCUAUCUGAUGCUGCACGUGUUAAAGUUGUUCUCUUGUCCUAGUGGAAGGACGGACUCGCUCUUUGUGAAUGGAAGUACUGUAUUGUCUGGAGUGUAAUUUGCUUCGGAUUAUAAGUUACACCAGCCCAAAAAUACAUAAUGAAGAAGGAAAAACAUGCAAGUCCCACUGGACGGGUCACAGAGCAACGGUCUGUGCUCUGAGAGGCAGUUGUGUUGCACGAAGCGGUAACAAGAAGGCCCUCCCACCAAAGUCAUUUAUAGUCAUCGCCUUGACAACCACCUGAGCGUGGAGAUCUAACUGCACCAAUUAUAAGCACGUUGUUCAAGCACCCAUUUGUGAACUCAUUCCUCGAGCUAUGGCCAUCUAGCUUUUAGCCUGCAAUUAGAUUUUAAUUUAAUUUUAAUUUUUUUUUUGCUUUCUGUAUUAACAGUAACCUCUACUUUUUGCUAGUCGCUCACACGUUUCUUGUUCAUUCCAAACUUUUUUUCUUGCACUACUGAAUUACUGUUUUCAGCUGCAUUUUUCACUACUUGCAACUUGUAAUCUGCAGAAUUUGAUUUUCUUUUUGGGGACAUUUGUGUUCGUAGGGAUGCACCGAUACCUCUUUUUUCCAAACCGAUACGAUACCGAUACUUGGAUCUGAGUACUCGCCGAUGCCGAUUACCGAUACCGAUACUUCCGCCACACACAAAAAAUGCAAUGAUUUGGAAUACAGAUUUUAUUUUCUUCUCUGCUUUCAACAGGAAGACUGUGAGGAAGAUAAAAAGUAAAAGACAUGAAUGGAAAUCAUCACAAAACUAAAAUAUUAGGUGAACAGAAAUGACAAGUUACAGUGAAGCCAUUUUCAAGCAACUGCAUUGGUAUCGGUUCCUGGUAUUGGUUAACUUUUACCGAUACGAUACUGGUAUUGGUAUCGGCACCGAUACCGAUACCAGUAUCGGUGCAUCUCUAGUGUUCAGUCUUUCUCAGCUGUCAGUGUGAAAAUAACCAACACGUGAAAUGAUAUAUUUCGAUAUAUAAGUUGCACGAUCAGCAAAAUUUUGUGGUAAACUGUGACUAAGUUUGGAAAAUAAGGUACGUGCCAGUUUUAAAACAUGUGGUUCUGAGGAGAAUUGCAUGUGGGCAUCUAUUCAUGAUGAGGACCCCUGAGCAUCGUAGAUGUAUGACCUCCAGUUCUUGUUGGGAAGGUUCACCGCUGAGUGUGAAGCAGCUGGGAGGAGGAUCAGAAACUCCAGAUCUGACAACCUGCCCCAGCUGAAAAAAGGUGAACUGCCAUGUUGAAAGAGAUGUCUUGCCUCAAGUGGAGGAGUUGUUCACAACGGAGGGAAAGAGGGAAUAGGAGUACAACAGCUGCUGUGAUGUGAACUUUAACCCUUUGAUGCAUGAAUUAUGAAAUCUUCAACCAUGACUUUUGUAACAGUUAUUUUCAUUCAUCUUUAGGUGUGAAUGAAACAAAUUUCAACAAAUAUUUGUAGUAAAUUUGUAUAAUUUACAAUUAAUUUAUUACAUGUCCACCUCAGUGGACAGCGUGCAUUCUGAACAUGAAAUAUGUUGGCUUGACUUACUGAAGUCCAAAUGGAGGGGCUCAAAUGCGAUAAAGUCUUCAACAGCUGUGAUUAAUGGCAAAAAAUAAAUAAAUACCAAUUGUGAGUACCUGUCCACUGUAGUGACCGUUAUGCAUCAAAGGGCUAAAUCAGAAUCAGAAUCAGAAAAGGUUUAUUGCCAUUGUCAGUGAACAAACAAUUCACAAACUAGGAACUUGCUUUGGUACUAAUGUGAACUACCACAUACCACAUAUGUAUUUCAUGAGCGUUCGUCCUUUUAUCAAAACUUAUUUUGAGCCUGAGAGGGUUAAAAAUCAGGGCAUGUCUCCGUCACUGCGAGCCAGUCGGAGAGCUCUUGCGCUAAUGCAUAAUGGCAUUACACGUCUCCGUCCCGAUGCAGACGGAGAAAUAUAAAUUAGGCUUUGAUUUAAAAUUCUGGGGUUCCAAAUGGCCUUCGAAGCAUGCCCCUUAACCAUGGCCGCAGGACACAGAUAAUAAACACCCAUGCUGCUUGACUUCCAGCCACCCUGAUCUUUGCUGUUCUUAGCUGUUUGGGGAAUGUUGGCCUCAAGUUAACAAACACUAGGGUCUGGCAGUUUAAGAGAGGAAGAGCGAGCAGUUGGCAGGAUGUCACCCUGCCAGGAAGCUUGCCCAGCCACUGGUUACAUGCCUGGGAUUUGUUCAGCAAGCUGCACUUUCCUGUUUUUUUUUCUCCCCUUCUUUCUAAAAUAGUUUUCUUCAGAAGACAGUAGCAAAGAAAAUAUUUUCCAGUCCAGAAAUAAGUUAAUUGCCUUGGCCUGUGUAACAGCAGAUUUGUGAAAACAGAAAUGACUUCAAGAAUGCCUAGUUCCAGCAGCGUCACUCAGGCCAGACAAUUGGUGCGCCAGCUGAGGAUGGAGGCCAACAUCAGGAGGAUCAGGGUGUCCAAGGCGUCAUCAGACCUGAUGCGUUACUGUGGAGAGCAGGCCAAGUAUGACCCUCUGCUCAUGGGAAUCCCUGCUUCAGAAAACCCCUUCAGGGAUAAGAAACCCUGCACUGUUCUGUAGCUGAACUCUGUAGAUGUUCAUGGUGCUAACGUGCAAGCAUAUAUUGCAAACGUGGAAAUGAGACAAGAUUAAGAUGUAAUUAAGAGACUUUUUGAAUAAAUUGUUUGAAAAAAUUGCGCAAUAGUUUCAUGAGUGUCACAGUUUGGUUGCAGUGACAUCAUACGGUAUGCGCAUGUGACUGGUAUUGAUCCAGUGGGAUUCCAGCUGGAAAGGAAAUGUUUUCUUGCAGCUGCACUGCUCUUUUCUCAGGUAUAAACUUUCUCCUCACGCUUUCAUUAUGCUCACCAUUCUUGUGUUGCUCCACCUGCAGACAGUUUGACCAAUAAGCAGACUAACUAUUCUCACCUGGACUGCUGAAAUGCCAGGAUGAAGAAAAACCAAAAUCACAAAACCUUCCUAAGUAUCAUGAAUCGGAUCACGGACCGUUGUUCUUGGAUCUGCUCGUCUGCGUGACCCGAGGGGUUUUACUGAACUCUUUAAGCAUUAACGAAAAUGACAAACUUAAAAAGCUGAGCAUGCAGUGUUUUAGGUGAAACUUGGUCAUUUGUGGGUUUCAGUUCAUCCGUUGGUAUAAAAUGUGAAGUUGUUUUCCUCACUGGGGAUCAAACACUGACAGUUCAACCUCCCAUCGACCUCCAAAGCCUUUUCCCCACCCUGAACAGUAAAGGCUGUGGAGACUGGAUCAGUCAGGAUCUUAAUGUCACUUUGUGAACUUUGUGACACUAAAGUCCAAACUGACUUGUUCAAACAACAUUUUGCAUUUCAUAACCUCGUACAUGUUUAGCAGAGCAAGUUUGUCCAUCUUCCACAGCUACGUUAUUAAAGCUGUUAAUUUUCAAUCGUAUAUGACGAUCUAAGGUGCGUUUCUUUCUAAUUUCAUUCUUUUUCACAACUGUUUAUAGCAGUUCAUCUUCUGAAGAAGUGAUCUGCAGUUCAAAGGUCAACAUGACUGAAAAAAAACUUUUUUUGAAUUUUUUUCUGAUUGUCAUCAGUCUCUAUGAGUUUGUCGUGCAGGCUGAACAUGAAAAUAAUUUCCUACAACUACCUCAUGCAUCAGCUUCUGAUGGAAAAUAGACUGUUAAACUCUAGGAUUUGGAAAGCCUGACAGAUCUGUCGCACUGUCGCUUAACAUUCAUGGACUCCCCCGUCCUGACUCAUGACGGAGAAGGCUGUUGUUGGUUUAGCCUCCAGGAAACAGCGGAGAAUGUCUUGGCUAUUAGAAACGAACCAUUAGCAUUAGCAACUCCACCACACAGCAGAACUCCUCUAGACUUGUGUUAUUUGUGGAGGUAAAACAUCAGCAUUGCAGAGCAAACAGAGUCAGCGGUAGAAUCGUGUUGCUGUUAUCCAAUCCGAGGCAAGAUAUCCAAAUGUCAGGAAAUAAGACUCCAAAUCCUGCCGUGCUCUGCCACUCUCUCCUCCAGCGGACUUCUCCGUCAUCAAACAACAGCGCCGGUGACCCCACCCCCCAACUCAACUUACAAGGCAUUCAUUCCUGCUAGAGACCACUACAAAUGUAUUAAAUAUGAGUAAA